AUGCGAAAAGAAUUUAUCGUCUUUCUUAAAUUUCACUUGUUUCCAAAGGAAUAUGCAUCAAAAGUCUGGCCCACUCUUCUUGUAUCUGGUCCACCAUUUUGUGGAAAGACAACCUUGAUCGAAGCUACUUGCGGUGAAUGCGCUCCUUGUGUCAUUCAUCUUGACGAUAUUGAAAGCAUGGAAAAGCACUCAAUUCCCGUUGGAUCCUUCCGUGCAACAUGCGCUCUGAAGAGCUAUUUCCUUAAAGAUUGUAUGAAUUCGGCCAUUGUUGUUAUCGGAGAAACUCGAUCCUUACAAGCCAGUUUACCUUCAUCAAUAUCAGAUCUCUUCACUGAACGUAUAACUUUUGGUAUGAUGGACGAACUCCUCAGAACAAAGUAG